AGUCAAAAUUCCGGUCCCCACUAGGAAACGAGAGAGCCUCCAACAAACCGGCGGCAGAAAUCCACCAGCAACUGGCGAAGAACCGUCGGUCAGAAUGAACAGCAAAAGGAAAAAUCGCUCUAAUAAUAACAGGUCUCCACGUGCUCGUGGGCCACAAGAGAGAUGUGUCGUAGCAGAAGGAGUCUAUAACAAUGCUCAUUUUAUGCAUGCUAUUACUAGCCACGUUGGCAACACAGUAGAGAUUCGAACUCAAAAUGGCUCGACAUAUCAGGGUAUAUUUAGAACAUUCUCCAGUCAGUUUGACGUAGUAUUGGAAAUGGCUAAUCGCUUAGACGCCGCAGGACACACGGUCCUGGAUGAAGUGAUAGAGAAAUUAAUUUUUAGACCACAAGAUAUCGUUACUAUAUCUGCCAAGAACGUCGAUUUAGAUUAUGCUAUAAGAGAUACCUUUCAAACGGAUACGGCCAUUAGUAAAUUUAAUGGCUUAAUCGGUGAGAAAGAACUUGAACCUUGGGACGCACCAACCACCAUGAACGGAGCUGAUUUAGAGUUGGAUGGUGCUGCUAAUGGUUGGGAUGUUAACGAAAUGUUCCGUAAAAAUGAACAAGAUUACGGCAUCCAAACGACAUUCGAGCCUUCCUUGGUCGGCUAUACUUUACAACUUCAACGUAAAGAUACAAAAGAUUACAAGGAACAGGAGCAGAAAGCUGCUGAGAUAGCGAGUGAAAUUGAAUCUCAACCAAACCAUAAAGCCCGAUUAGAGCUUGAAAAUGGUGACGAGGAAGAGAGAUUCGCAGCUGUGGCGAGACCAACCGAGGGGAAAUAUAUCCCUCCACCGUUGAAAAAGAAAAAUGGUAAUACUAGCAAGUUGAUGAGAUCCAACGAGUCUCCAUCUUCGCCGGGAACUGCAAACAAUAAAAAUGUCUACAACCAAUCAUCUCCGUCCUCAGUAAGUGUCCCGCAACCGAAUAUAUCGGUUGGAAUACAAUCUGCUCACACCUCUGUGCAACAUUCGGUACCUUUGAAUAUGGGAAUUCCACCUAAUGGAGUGGUCGUCACAUACAACAAUCCACCGCCGCCGUUCGUGCCUCCAACGACGCAGUCGCAACAAGCAGUAAUUCAACAAAAUCAACCACAAUCUCAAGUUACUUCUUCGAUGCCUCAAGUGAAUUUUCCGCAACAGCAACAACAAAUUUCUUCAAAUAAAAUAAAUACAGAAAAACGUGAGCGACCUGGCAGGCAGCAAGUUUAUCAAACUGAUAAAGCGCCACCGGCACCAUUCUCUCAAUCGAAUGUUGCGUCUUCUCAUCAACAGUCUUCACAUCAACAGCACACAUCAUUGUCGCAACAGAAUUCCGUAGAGGGUCAAAUAGUCAUUCACAAAUCGGAUCAUAGGAAGGUUCAGACAGCGCGUGGAAGGGAUGAACAGCAUUCAGAACUGAGGCAAUUUGCUGCAGAUUUUAAAUUAACCGCGGAGCCGCAAACUCCGCCGGAUACUUUGCCAAUUUCUAGAAAACAGCAACAUCAGCACCAACAGGACAUACAUCCCACUAGUUCAAUGAAUCAGCCACAUCAUCAAACUCCUCAUCAGCACACGAGUCCGCAACAGCAGUCGCAACAGUCAUCCCCGACCCAGCAGCACACUACUUCUCAUCAACAGCAUCAGACUGUACAAGAGGAACCUGUCAUUACUACCAAGCCUCCGGCUGGACCGUUAGCAAUAAGAUCUACAAGUCCACUUCAACAGCAACAACAGCAGCAGCCACAACAACAACAACAACAGCAGCAGCAGCAGCAGCAACAACAACAACAACAACCACCACCACCACCUAGCACUCCAACAGUGCAACAAUCUCCACCAGAACCUGCAGUCGAUAAGAUAACUACUGCUUUUAAGAAAUCUACUUUAAAUCCAAACGCUAAAGAAUUUAAUCCAAAUGCCAAGCCAUUUACACCACGUUCUCCUAGCACUCCAACACCCAGCAGGCCACAUACACCUCAAACCCCUCAAUAUACCGGGGCUACUAUGCCCGCAACUGUCGUUAUGCCAGCGUAUGUGACGCCAACUUUUAGUCAACCACCUGCUCAACCAGUAACAAGAUUCCGGAAAGUGCCAAUGAUGCAACAUCGCGCACCAGACAUAGCAUCCCAAAUGCAAGUGGCCGCAGCAACAGGACAACCAUUACUAGCGCCAGCUCUACAUCCUCCAUUCCAGGUGCCUUAUCCGGGACAACCGACGUACCAACAAAUGGUACGCAUGGUCCAGGCACCGCCGCCACCACCACACAUGACUACACCAUAUCACCAUCAUCACGACUCGCAGGGUCCGCAGGCCCCUGGCAUACAAUACAUGGGGCCGCACACUCACCCACAUCCUCACUCCAUUACUCAACAACCACCUAGCCAAACGCCAUCCCCGGCCAAUCCAAAUCAGCCGCACACCCCGGGCACUUACAAUCCAUCUAGCACUCCGCAGCCCACGUAUCCGCAACCUCCGCCUCAAGGUCACGCCCCGAGUUAUCCAAUUAUGUGUCCCAUAAUUCCACCUCAUAUACCAAUACCACCACAACACAUGCAGUAUCUGCCGCCACAGCCACCCCCGGGCGCGCAACAGACUAUACCAGUUAUUUUACCGCACAAUCAGUAGCCGCAGUAUCAACUAAGCAGAGGAAGAAAGGAGUGUUAGUAUUCUGCAAGUUAGAGUAAGGUUUGCAAAAUUCAUUACUUUCAGGAGGAUAUUGUAAUUUGUCAUGAAACGUAAUCUUACUAUCGAUUCUUAAUGCAUGCUAAUCAAUCCAUUGCUUCUCUCGAACAGUGAAAAUUGAACACCAAUUAUCUUGUAUAUUUUUUUCCAAAUUCUUGGCGAAAUUAUCUCUCGUGAAAUUGUUCUUUGAUUUAAGAUAUUACUCAACAUGAAAAAAUCUUUAAUAUUAAUUAGAAAUAUUUUUUACCGCAUCUACCACACUGAUCCAAAGGAACUGAUAAACUCUUAGGAAUUUUUACAGAGAUUUUACAUGUUAUAAUUUCAUAAUUUAAAAAUUUGCUAUUGUUAAAAUUUUAAAAAUAUUCAAUAAUACAAAUAUAAAUUAUAAUUUAAUGGUCGAUUUAUUGGGUUGACCAGAAGUCCUCCUAACAAAAUUUCAGUGCAAAAGUUUGUAGUAUUUCUUAAUACAAAGUUUUUCGUUGGCGGAACGUUAGUGUGGAUCUUUUUUAGCAAUCUUUAAAUGCAAAACUUUGAAUUAAUACAAAGUUCUGCGCCUAAACCUUGUUAAAAAAAUCAGCACGGACUCUCCGAUCAAUCCAGUAUUUAUAGGACUUCUCCUAUUAGAAGUUACUUUUUUUUAAGAUUAAAGAUAAAAAAAUUAAUAUCUUGUCUUAGUUGUUUGUGUUAUUUGAAAUAUAUUCAUGAAAUAUUAUUAUUAUGGAAUUCUGAUAUUUCAUAGAAAUAGUGAUUUAUUAAUUAGUAAUAGACUACAAAUAUUAUAUAUAUUAGCGUUUUCUUAUAUCCAUUGUAACAAAAUUAAAAAUUUAAAAUUAUAAAAUCAUUUCUCAUUACUCAUUAAUCGUUUAUCCUCCUGUCUCAUCUUGAUCAGGCUUCUCCCAAAAAAGUGAUCUUUAUUCUGAUAAAUGAGCCACGAUGUCGUAUGAUAAAUCAACAAAUCAAUAUGAUAAAUCAGGAAUCAAUGUUGUAUCGAGUUUAAAAAAACUAAUAUUUGUAUACAUACUAUUGAAAUGUCUAUUACGUUAGGCAAUUUUGUUUUGCACUCGUUUUAUUAUCUCUUAUCGUUCUUUUGUAGGAGAUAGAUCGAUGAUAAAAUCGAUGAUUGGUGUUGAAUUUUCAAUAUUCCUAGAUAACAAUGAAUUGAUUAACACGCGCGACACAUUGAAAUUUGAUCCAAAUGAAACGAAUGGAAAUUAAUAAAAGUUGGAGUAUGGCUUGCAGGGUAAUAAAUGUAGUGGAAUAUUUGUUGAUAAUGAGUUUUGUUAUGAAACGCAAUUACGCGAUAUACGCAGGAUUCUCGAACAUGAAAAAUUCACUGAGACACUGAACGUGCGAACAGAAUAUCCACGCCUCGGAAAAUCGCGUUAACAUUAACGGUGCGAAUACAUCGGACAUCCGAGAGGUACAUAAUUUGCAUUCGAAACAGUGUUAGACUUUGGGCGACUUUUUAGUAAAUUCGACACUGUUACUAGAUUUUGCGUUGGUCGCAUAACAGAACCUGCGUCUUCAUUGUCUUAUCUACAUUUUAUAGUGCUUUGCAAUUUAUUUUGCAACAAGUGCAAAAUAAAGUGAGAAAUAGAAUUGUUAAAUAAACGUGUCAGGAUUCGUUGAGUAAUGUAAUGUAAAUAUUAUAUUAUUCGAAAAAUCUGUGAAUCGUUUAUUAAUUAUAUGUAACAACAAACUAGAAAAAAUUUCGUGUACACACGUAACACAUACAUGUAUGUAUACAUAGAUAUGUAUGUAUGUACGUAUGUACAUACAUUGUAUUGACAUAUACAUAUAUCAUAAUUUGUAUUUGAACAUUAUUUACUCUAUAUUAUCCUAAUCUUUCUUGUAACGGAAAAACUGUGUUACGUAAAACAUUAAUUUUUGAUGUAACAUUAUCGCGAUACAUUCUACGUAAAACCAUUUAUGUAAAAAAAACCAAAAAAAACAAAAUGUAAUUUAGGAACAAAGCGAUUUUUAAAUGAUUCGAAAUAGGAAAUUUCAGAAUAAAAAAAUAGUUUUUUUAUUAAUUUUUCACCUUUAUAUUCUAUGUAAUAAAAUAAUAAAAGUCGCCGCAUGCAAUUGAAAGAAGAAAUGAUAAAAGAAAGGAGGAAAGACAGUAUGAGUGAGAGAGAGAGAGAGCGAGAGAGAAAAGGAGAGAUUUGAUAAUUAUUUACAAUACGACAAUACCACCGAUUUCAACGAUAUUAAAAUACAUUGGAGGAGGAAAGUUUAUGAAUGUUUCUAAAUGAAAAGUAAAGGUCGCUCACUCUUAGUUUUAAAGUUAUUAAGGAAAAAAGUUUCAUAAAUAGAAUUGUUUUCUGAUACUAUAUUUGAAAAGUAAGAACUCUUUUAAGGAUGUAGAUGACGGACUGUCUGUACAAAAAGUUAGUCAAACUUGGAAGUUUACAAUAUGUCGUCUUUUUCGUCUUUAUCUUUAUUGAAGCCAUUGAUUGAUAAAUGAUAUAAGCUGCGUUAGAUUAGUUUUUUGCGAGUGGAGGCGGAGCUCCUCACCUCCCACUCAACCUGCUCUCUAACAACAUACGCUCAUGUACUGUUUGUUUUUGCUUUUUUUUAAUUACUAAUGAUCUAUUUAUGAAACUUUUUUUAAAUAAAAUUAAGAGUGAGCGACUUUUACUUUUUAUUUAGAAACAUUCAUGAACCUUCCCCCACCAAUAUAUUGUAACUUUGUUGAAUGAUCGGUGAGGUCGUCGAUAUUGUAAAUAAUUACCAAAUACUUUCUUAUAUUUUUACUACCUAGCAAUUAUUUUAUGUCGACACUUAUAAAAUAUCCAAAUUUAGUUCAUGCAAAGAUUCCUCGAUUAAAAAAAAAAAGUUAUUAAAUGUGAUAUUAUGAAUAACAUCUUGCCGUAACAGAGAUUGCGAGGCAAUAAUUUACAUGUAUAAAAUAAUUUAUACAUAGAAAUUCUUUGUCAAUUAUGUACCUCUCAUUAAAACAAUGAAACUGCUUGAUGCCAUAGACCUGGGGAUAUAUCUAGACGUGGCAUAAACUGUUAAUUAAGAUAAAUAAUGAUGAAAUUCGAGAGAUUGUGUAAAGAGAUUGUCAACAACACACGAAACGUUUUUAUAUUCGUCUCACGUAUACAUGAAUCUUUUUGCCAGAUUUAGAUAGAUUGUUUAAUGUUACAUCGAAACAAAAAAAUUCAAUUUGUAGUUUUCAUUUUCUCUUUCAUUACUAAUUUCAGUUUAAAAGGCUACGUCUAGAUGAUUCUUUGGACCAUGCUCGAUACUGAUUGGGGAAAAAAAAAGAGUAAACAACUACGGCCUUAAACCUAAACUAAAACUUUCCAUAUAAAUAAAUGGAAGGAAGCAAAAACAACUUUUGCUCGAAAGAGAUACUUGAGCGUGCGGCAUCGCUAGACAAAUUUUAUAUUAAAAAGAGAUUUAAAAAUCGAAAAAUAUCAAAAUAAAAUUAAUAUGUUGAAAACCAA